CCACACGGACGAACGAACCCUAGUGACAACGCUGCGCUACGGGAAAGCAACCAGGCACGGAAAGCCGCCUAUUCGCCCAGAGAUCCCGCGUGCAGAAAGAAGAUAUAGAGUAGCGGCUUUGGAACCCUGCCGGUCGGAAACUUCGGGCCAACUGGCUUUUGACACCGCUUCCCGCCACAUCGCACCAUAUCCAGCCACACCCGACCGCAUCCAGCCACAUCCGACCGCAUCCAGCCCUAUCCGACCGCAUCCAGCCACACCCGACCGCAUCCAGCCACAUCCGACCGCAUCCAGCCCUAUCCGACCGCAUCCAGCCGCACCCGACCGCUUCCCGCAGCGCACGCCAGACCGAGGCCCGUCCGAGAAAGCGCAGCCGAGGCCCAGCAUGCCUGUGAGGAGGAGCCGUCGAGGGUCGUCCAGUGGCCAGAGCCGGGUCCGCUCCCGCACUGCCCGAGCCGAGUUGACGUUCUCCGUGAGCCACAUGGAGCGCCUCCUGCGGGAGGGCCGCUACUCGCAGCGCCUGGGCGCGUCCGCCCCGAUCUUCCUAGCGGCCGUCAUCCAGUCCCUGACGGCCAAGGUCCUGGAGGUGGCCGGCAUCGAGGCCCGGAACAGAGGCAGGAGGCUCAUCACCCCGGAUGUCGUGGACAUGGUGGUCCACAACCACCCGCUGCUCCGCGCCUUCUUCCAGUCCACCAUCAUCUCCCAGGCGGUCCCGGGCUGGAACUAGCUGUCCCACGCGACGUGGGGUCCGGCAGGCGCCAGGCCUACUCAUGGCCGGGGUGGGCCCCGGCCGGCCGGCCUGGUGCCUCAGGCGGUCACUGAAAGCCAAUAAAGUGUUUGGAG